AUGUCAUGCUUACCACUGAAAAGCACAGAGUCUGAUGUAACCAUAGAUAUGGUGGACGCUUUUUAUCUUGGACAGAUUGAAACUCUACCAGUUUCUAGCAAAAACAUUCAAAACGAAACUCGUAAAGACGUAGUUCUAGGUCGUGUCAUGUCGUGCAUUAACAGUGAUUGGACUUCUACUGACAAAGAUGGAGAGUUAGCACCAUACUACUCACGACGAAGUGAACUAUCUAUUCAUCAUGGCUGUAUCAUGUGGGGAGUAAGAGUCAUUAUACCUACCAAACUCCGCAACUUGGUGAUUUCACAGAUACAUGAACGACAUCUAGGAGUGGUCAAAAUGAAAACACUUGCUAGGAGUUUCUGUUGGUGGCCAGGAAUUGACCAGGACAUUGAAACUAUCGCCAAAAGAUGUAAUGGAUGUCAACAAAACCAGAAUUCGCCUAAGGGAGCACCAUUGAAUGCUUGGGAGUGGCCAACCAAGCCAUGGGAGCGAAUUCACAUAGAUUUUGCAGGACCGUUUUUAGGAUAUAUGUUUCUUAUAAUGGUGGAUUCAAAUUCAAAGUGGCCAGAGGUGGUGAAAAUGAGCACAACCACAUCAACCCGUACUAUUGAUGUUCUGAGAACCAUUUUCUCCAGAAAUGGACUUCCAGUAACAAUUGUGAGUGACAAUGGCCCACAAUUUACCUCAAGAGAAUUUGAAGAGUUCUUGAAUGCUAACGGCAUAAAGCACAUCAAGACAUCACAGUACCACCCAUCUAGUAAUGGACUUGCAGAGCGUUUUGUCCAAACUUUCAAGCAAUCCAUGAAAUGCAGUAAGAAUGAUGCAGGGAGCAUUGAAAGAAAACUGGCAAAUUUCUUGUUGGCGUAUAGAAAUACUGCACAUGCAACAACAAAUGAAACACCAGCAAAGCUCAUGAUGGGGAGGGAGUUGAGAACGAAAAUGGAUCUUUUUGAGGCCAAACACGGAGUUACAUGUCAAGCAGAAGCAAGAAGAAAUGUGUUUACAGAGAACUACACAGAACAGAGAAUUUGA